GCCCGGAUGAGGAAGAGCCCGAGGGUGAGCCUGGCCGCCAGCGGAGCAGCAAGAUGUUGACGAAGCCCCUGCUUUCUGCCAACUGAGAAGAGCAAGGACGCCGCGUUCAAGAUGAGAACCAACAAGGUCUACAAGCUUGUCAUACACAAGAAGGGCUUUGGAAGCAGCGAUGAUGAGCUUGUGGUGAACCCCAAAGUAUUUCUUCAGAUCAAGCUGGGAGACAUUGUGGAAAUUGCACACCCCAACGAUGAGUACAGCCCUCUGCUGUUACAAGUAAAGUCACUCAAGGAAGACUUACAGAAAGAAACCAUAAGUGUAGAUCAAACUGUCGCUCAGGUGUUCCGACUGAGACCCUACCAGGAUGUCCACGUGAAUGUUGUCGACCCAAAGGAGGUGUCCCUCGACUUGGUGGAGCUCACAUUCAAGGAUCAGUACAUCGGGCGAGGGGAUAUGUGGCGGCUGAAGAAGAGUCUGGUUGGUACAUGUGCUUAUAUCACUCAGAAGGUGGAAUUUGCUGGUAUUCGAGCUCAGGCCGGUGAACUGUGGGUGAAAAGUGAGAAGGUUACAUGCGGCUACAUCAGUGAGGACACCCGGGUGGUGUUCCGCUCAACCUCUGCCAUGGUUUAUAUCUUCAUCCAGAUGAGCUGUGAAAUGUGGGAUUUUGACAUCUAUGGGGACCUAUACUUUGAGAAAGCUGUGAACGGCUUCCUUGCUGAUCUUUUCACGAAGUGGAAGGAGAAGAACUGCAGCCAUGAAGUGACAGUAAUCCUCUUUUCUAGAACAUUCUAUGAUGCCAAGUCGUUAAAUGAAUUUCCAGAGACACAGCGUUCCUCGAUUCAGCAGGAUCACGAAGGGAGAUCCUAUGAAGACUUUUACAAGGUGGUGGUUCAGAAUGAAAGGCGAGAGGAAUGGACGUCGUUGCUUGUAACCAUUAAAAAACUCUUCAUCCAGUACCCUGUCCUGGUGCGAUUAGAGCAGGCAGAGGGAUUUCCUCCUGGGUGCAAUUCUACUUCUGCGCAAGGAAAUUAUUUGGAGGCCAUAAACCUUUCAUUUAAUGUGUUCGACAAGCAUUACAUCAAUCGAAACUUUGACCGUACGGGCCAGAUGUCAGUGGUUAUCACGCCUGGGGUGGGGGUCUUCGAAGUGGACCGGCUGCUCAUGAUCCUGACCAAACAGCGCAUGAUAGAUAAUGGGAUUGGGGUAGAUCUGGUGUGCCUGGGAGAGCAGCCGCUCCAUGCAGUGCCGCUCUUUAAGCUGCACAAUCGCUGCAGUCCUGGAGAUUCUUGCUUGGGCGAUGAUUACAACAUUCCACACUGGAUAAAUCACAGUUUCUACACCUCCAAAAACCAGCUCCAGUGUAACAGCUUCACUCCACGGAUCAAACUGGCAGCCCGGAAACUGCAGAGUGAAAAAGGAAAAAGCAGGGAUUCUUCUUUGGCAGCACCUAAAGAAACCGAGAAUGCUCUCCCCAUUCAAGUGGAUUACGAUGGGUACGAUGCCCAAGUUUUCCGUCUGCCUGGACCAUCCAGAGCCCAGCGUUGUAUCACCUUCAGCAGGUCUGUUCGAGAAAGAGACGGCAGCCGCCCCCGGAAAAGCUCCAGCUCCUACGACGUCUCCUGCAGCCCUUCCCUGCCGGGCCGCCCUCUGCCCCCUGAGGAGGUGAGGAGCCAGGCUUCGGACGACAGCUCCCUGGGCAAGAUCUCCAAUAUCCUGAUGAUCCCGCGCCCACACCUGCACUACGAAGUCAGCAGCUCAUUGGGCUACACCAGCACCCGAGAUGCCCUUGAGAACAUGUUGGAGUCUCAGCAGCGCGACUCCAGUGCGCCCGGAAGAUUCCAUGUCGGCAGCGCUGAGUCGAUGCUGCAUAUCCGUUCCGCGGGGGGGUACACGCCCCAGCGAGCGCUCAUCAACCCUUUCGCUCCCUCCCGGAUGCCCAUGAAGCUCACAUCCAACCGGAGGCGCUGGAUGCACACUUUCCCCGUGGGUCCUUCUGGGGAAGCCAUCCAGAUCCACCACCAGACGCGUCAGAACAUGGCGGAGAUGCAGGGCAGCGGGCAGCGGGACGGGACUCACUCCUCGGCUGAACUGCUGGAGCUCGCCUACCACGAAGCGGCGGGCAGGCACGGCGUUUCUCGGCACCCUGAUGACAGCGCUUCCUACUUGAGCUUCAGCGGAAUGGAGGAUCGCCCUCGCCUGCCGGUUGGCAGCCGCAGCACGGGAGUGAACGUCCGAAUCCAAAGCAAGGACUCCUUGGAAAGCCCAGUUUCUAACUCCCUGGACCCGAUUCUGACGCUGUCUGCUCCCCCCGUAGUGCCAGGCUUCUGUUGUACAGUUGGGGUGGACUGGAAGUCUCUCACCACUCCGGCAUGCCUCCCCCUCACCACGGAUUACUUCCCGGAUCGCCAGAGCCUGCAGAAUGACUACACCGAAGGUUGCUAUGAUCUGCUUCCGGAAGCUGAUCUGGACAGGAGGGACGAGGAGGGCGUGCAGAUGACGGCCCAGCAGGUGUUUGAGGAGUUCAUCUGCCAGCGCCUCAUGCAGGGCUACCAGCUCAUUGUGCAGAGCAAGCCGCAGAAGCCGGCAGCAGCCGCCCAGCCCCCUCUCAGCAGCAGCCCCUUGUACAGCCGAGGUCUUGUGUCACGAAAUCGACCCGAGGAGGAAGAUCAGCACUGGCUGAGCAUGGGACGGACCUUCCAUAAAGUGGUUUUGAAGGACAAAAUCAUUACCGUCACUCGGUAUUUGCCUAAGUACCCAUAUGAAUCUGCGCAGAUCAACUACACCUACAGUCUGUGCCCGUCCCACUCUGACUCGGAGUUUUUCUCUUGCUGGGUAGAGUUCUCCCACGAGAGGUUAGAGGAAUAUAAGUGGAAUUACCUGGACCAGUAUAUCUGUUCUGCGGGUUCGGAAGACUUCAGCCUCAUUGAGUCGCUAAAAUUCUGGCGGACGCGUUUCCUGCUGCUGCCAGCCUGCAUCAGUGCCACAAAGCGCAUCAUGGAGGGCGAAGCGCACUGUGACGUGUACGGGGGCAAGGCGCGCUCGGAUGAGGAGGAAUGGCAGCUCCUGGAUGGCUUCAUCCGCUUUGUGGAGGGGCUGAACCGCAUCCGCAGGCGACACCGAUCCGACCGGAUGAUCCGGAAAGGAUCUGCUAUGAAAGGCUUGCAGAUGGCGGGCCCGCUCUCGGCUCACGCUUUGGAGCCAUCCGGGCCUCCCCCUCUUGGCAAGAAGGGGACCUCUGCACUUUCGGCUCUGUUGGAGAUGGAAGCCAGUCAAAAGUCCCUGGGCGAGGUGCAAGCAGCAGCGCUUGCCGGGAAGAGCUCCGUCCAGUCAGCUGAGAGCAGCAGCGUUGCCAUGACGCCCACCUAUGUGGACAGCCCACGCAAGGUCUCCAUCGACCAGACCGCACCCAUGGGCCUGGAAGCCAGCGCGGCCAUCAACACGGGCCAGUCCACCGACCGGAGCAGCACGCCAGCCUUGGCCAGCUCCCAGAAUGUCAGCGACGCAGCCUCCGCCGCAUCUGGCUCCAGUGAGAACAGUUUGCAGCCUUGCUCCACCAGCUCCCUGACGUCCUCCUCUACUUUGAUGGAGAUCCUCGAAGCCAUGAAACACCCCACCACUGGGAUCCAGCUGCUCUCGGAACAGAAGGGACUCUCCCCGACCUGCUUCAUCAGCGCGGAGGUGGUCCACUGGCUGGUGAACGUGGUGGAGGGGGUGCAGACCCAGGCCAUGGCCAUUGACAUUCUGCAGAAAAUGCUGGACGAGCUGCUGAUCACGCACGCCUCCGGAGAGGCCCUGCGCACCUUCAUCUACGGGUUUUACUUCUACAAGAUCGCUGAAGACAAGGAGCAGGAGCGAGUGGGAAUACAGCCGGCCAUGUGGCACACGGCAGCAAAGGACGAUUUUUCUGCCUUCCAGCGGAAGUGGUUUGAGGUGGCCUUUGUCGCUGAGGAGCUGCUGCACUCCGAAAUCCCGGCCUUCCUUCUGCCUUGGCUGCCCAGCCGCCCAGCCUCCUACGCCAGCAGGCACAGCUCCUUCAGCCGCAGCUUUGGAGGACGGAGCCAGGCCGCUGCGCUGUUAGCUGCUACCGUGCCGGAACAGCGGACGGUGACGCUGGACGUGGACAUCAACAACCGCACGGGCCGCCUCGAGUGGUGCAGCUGCUACUACCACGGCAGCUUCUCUCUCAAUGCCGCCUUUGAGAUCAAGCUGCACUGGAUGGCUGCGACCGCGGCGGUGCUCUUUGAGAUGGUUCAAGGCUGGCAUCGCAAGGCCACAUCCUGUGGGUUCCUGCUGGUUCCAGUCCUAGAAGGUCCGUUUGCACUGCCCAGUUAUUUGUACGGGGACCCACUCCGAGCCCAGCUGUUCAUCCCCCUCAAUAUCAGCUGCUUGCUGAAAGAGGGCAGCGAGCAUCUCUUUGAUGCCUUUGAACCAGAAACCUACUGGGAUCGUAUGCAUCUCCUCCAGGAGGUGAUUGCACACAGGUUUGGAUUUGUGCAGGAUAAAUAUUCAGCCUCUGCAUUCAACUUCCCUUCAGAAAAUAAGCCCCAGUACAUCCAUGUCACAGGGACCGUGUUUCUUCAGCUUCCGUACUCCAAGCGGAAGUUCUCUGGGCAGCAGCGACGGCGUCGCAACUCCACUAGCUCCACCAAUCAGAACGUCUUCUGUGAAGAGCGCAUUGGCUACAACUGGGCCUACAACACCAUGCUCACCAAAACGUGGCGGUCCAGUGCCACAGGGGAUGAGAAGUUCGCUGACCGGCUGCUGAAGGAUUUCACAGACUUCUGUUGGAAUAAAGACAAGCGGCUUGUCGCCUUCUGGACCAGCUGCCUAGAGAAGAUGCACGCUAGCGCCCCCUGAAGGAGAAGUUCUUGCAAGCCGUGGAAGCCGCACGUCAUUGGAAUGGGCUUGCCGAAAAAGUGGGUGUGGAAAGCAUCUUGGGAAGUUCUGCUUUGGCUGUUGGAAAGAAAAGAUCUUGGAUGCAGCAGGUUGGCCAAGUUGGCGGUUGUCACGGAUACGUGUGAACCGUCUCCCUCUGGGCAGUUCCCAUCAGCAACAGGCUGGAGUGGAAGAAAAUUAGAAGCCACUCAUGAACAAGGAGCUACAGCCUUUUGAUCCUUCAGGGAUGCUCAUGUUUUCUGUUUAUAUGUAAGAUACUAUAUAUAGAUAUGUACAUUCACAUGGUAUGAAAGUGUAGGAAAUAAAAAAUAACACACUGCUGUCCCCUUA